GCUGUCGUUGUUAGGAGGUCGUUUAUUGACAAGAGGAGAAGGUGACUCCUCGACGAGCUGGGCUUUACCUCGUAUAUAUCUUGACAUUAAACCCAAAAGAAGACAGUUGUUCGCUAAACAGCAGCCAUGUCUUCUUUUGGACGGGCGCUGGGAGUCCUCCGGACCGGAACUCAGCUGCUCAGACGCGGGACACAAAGAAUAACAACCAGAAAGGCCAGCGGCGGACCGCACAUCGAGCCGCAGUACAGGCAGUAUCCCCAGUUAACCAAGAAACAGAUAUUCGAGUCCGAGCUGCUCAGCGGGGCCAUGUGGUUCUGGAUCCUGUGGCACUGCUGGCACGACCCUGAUGCAGUACUGGGUCACUUCCCCUGGCCUGAUGCCUCCCAGUGGACGGACGAGGAGCUUGGAAUUCCAGCAGAUGAUGAGGAAUAAGAUGGCCAUGAGGGAUUCAAGCUGCCGGGCAUGUCUUUGUGGAAAUCAGGAUAUUCUGAAAGUCACUGUUGUACAUAGACUAAUAAAAUUAUCUUUAAAUGUUAAA